AAAUGCCAAGUUGAACGACUUCUACCACGCUCAGAGUCGCAUGCCUUUGCUAAGAUGGCCCAUAACUGCUCCAAUGCCUUGGCUUUACGUAUGCCCGUCCAAGCUUGUCAUGGCUGGCUCGAGUACAUGUAAAAAUGCCCUCCGAAACCAUUUUGGCGCCAGCUCUCCAUUUGCAAGACAUUGGCGGGUAGACUGCAGGGUAAUUUCGACUAUGGCAAGAAGUGUUGUCGGAAAAUCAGGGCGGAUCUAUACGCUCCAAGAGACUAUUCAGGACAUGGGACGGCCGCUGUCAUGCGUCUUCCGUGCGAGUGAUGGCACGAACGAGUUCAUCUUAAAAGAGGUUCCGCAGGACUGGAACGCACGUCUGCAGAUCUACAACCUCAUCGGCAGCAGUCCUUUCGUACGCAACCUGGUUGACACUGUCCCGGAGCGGAAAAUCUUCGUUUUCGACCACCUUCAAACAAACCUCUUACAACUUGCUCAGAAGGAUCUCCCCCAAUCGACAAUGAAGCACAUUUUGAAAUGCACGCUCUCCGGCAUCGCUGCGAUGCAUGAGAAAGACAUCAUUCAUAACGAUAUAAAGGCCAAUAAUAUCAUGGUUCAGAUGACACCACCUGAGUCUGAAUGGAAGAUUGCGAAAGUCCAAGUAGUGGAUCUCGAGGAUUCGGCUCAUCUUCGCGGUCCAGAAUCAGCUGUCAUAGGUGCGCAGGUCGGUAACAUCAUGUGGCGGAGUCCAGAGGCUCACGCCAUGGGGCCUAUCCGUAAACCGUCAGACAUCUUCUCCUUUGGUCUCGUUUGUAUUUACGCAAUGACCCAGAUACUGCCAUUCGCAGUGGACGAGUCUGAGCUGCCGGAAGGAAUCGAUCCUUUAGCCGUUGUCCUCGAGCUUCAAAUUUCCUACUUCGCAGAAGUGGAUGAUUUGAAUGCAUUUCUACGAUACUUGGGCGAUAAGCCCGAGUGGGUCGAAAUCUUCCAAGCAGUGGCGAGCGCAUUCGCUGGAGAUCAGCCUAGAAGGCCGUUCCGACUCUGGGAAGGAAUAGACGUGGAUCAAGCAGAUUCGUUCAGAAGUCUCAUUCUCGGAUUAACGAAUUUUGAUCCGGCAAAGAGAUUGACGGCGCAGCAGGCUCUAGAACAUGAGUGGUUCAAAGAUGACAUGAUUCCCCAAAGUUGAUAUUGUCCCAACGACCCUGGUCUUUGGCUUCACGCAGAUCACACAUUGUUUCUGUCGACGUGGUGGCGUUACUCUUGGCAGGAUUGGAUGGGAGAUUUCAACGGACGCCGAAGACACUUCGUGACAAGCUAGCUGCGAUGGUAGGGGAGAAGCGGCAAUAAAGUGAGAGGAGAAUAUCGACAUGUCGCUAUAGACCAUUUGGAUCACGAACACCUUACAGUCGGGACGGCAACGGCACAUGAGGUGACUGAUUUGAACAUCCGUCCAGUGAAUUAUGCGGCAUGCGCCAAGUAUUUGAUUCUGGUGAAUCAGGCGUCGCCAGCGGACUUGCGGGCUCCCUUAGGGACACUUUCACAAUGUAUUGUUUCUAGAAGGCGCAUGACCCGGCGAGGCUGAUCUGUAAACAAC